ACAAUCAUUGCUUCUAGGUACUACUACGUCUAUUAUUGUAGACACCUAGAUCAGACUCUCCAGUCAUGAUGAGUACGCUGGCGGCUAGUUGCCGUAACAUCGCCGGUCACUGGCGAGGCUAGUAUUACAGGCCUGACGACCUCCCGUGCGAGCCGUAACAAGCAGAACGCCUCUUCGGGCGAGGACAGGCUUUCGCAUAUCUCCGGGUUUGGCGAAGAAAAUGAUUUUGCCACGAGGCGCACGGAAUGAUAGACAGGCUAUAUUAAAGGUUGCGAUAUCUCACCUACAUGCCUAGGAGUGUCUAGCCAGAGUAGCAGUUAAAAAAAAAGAGAACCUCUGUAUCUUGCUCUCGGUCAUAUCACGACAUAAUUAAAUUACACUUAUCUAUAUAUCUAUAGUUAUACCUACCUAUAUAUCCCCCUCUAUCAUCUUUCUAUCUUGGGCACUAUAAAAUACUCUUAAAAAUGACUACUCCAGAAGAUCCUCAGGCCAAAGUUUAUUCUCACAUAAACGGUAGAGAGAGCGACAUCCUAACUAGAUUAGCUGUGGCCGAAUUGUGCAAGGGCUGGCCCAUAUAUCGCGACGCAUCGGAGUGGAAGAACUUUCGCUCCCUUUUCUCUGAUGACGCGUGCGUCUGGACGACGUGGAGUAAGCGUCAGCCCAUUGACAGCUUUAUCCAAAAGUCAAAAGAGGGAAAGUCAAACGGCGACUUCAUCAUGCAUCGCGAAUGCGGCACUCUUGUAGAACUCAACUUGUCGACGCUCCGAGCAGUUGGCAAGAUGAAGGCAACUAUAACCCAACGAUUUCAGAUCGGGGAGAACAGCAGUGUAGGAAUCGAACCGGUCAUAUUCGACGUGGACUGCGACUGUCGAUUUCAUUUCUUCUGUUUUCGUGACUCGGACACCAAUGCCUGGAAGGUUAAGUACGUCAAGCUGAUAUACGAGAAAGACAAACUUGUUCCUGUCGACGGCAAGGCUUGUCCAGGCUUCCCUAAGGAUGCUCUCGACAGGUACCCGGAAGGGUAUAAAUAUCUUGGUGCAGCUCAAAGCACACUCGGGCACGAUAUCGACCCUUCUCUUCCAACUAUUCAAAAUCCGGAAUCUGGGUCAUUAGAUGUACCACGGUUGGAGUUAUACGAGAAGAUGGAGCAAUGGCUCGACGGCGCAGACGACAUUGACCUUUCAACGAGUCACGGCCGCAGAGACAUCAACGGGAAGGAUACACAUAAAGGGCAAAAAUGAUGAUGAUGAUGAUGAUGGUGGUG